UUUAGUGAUUUUACGAUAAAAAGUGAAUAAAUAUUGCGAAAUAUGGCGCACAUACCAUCGGCAACGCUGGGCAACAAGAAUAAGAAACAUUUCCUUGGCGUUCCAGCACCGCUCGGCUAUGUAGCUGGUGUAGGCAGAGGUGCCACCGGAUUCACCACACGGUCCGAUAUUGGUCCAGCCCGUGAUGCUAACGAUGUGUCCGACGACCGACAUGCACCACCGGCGGCAAAGCGCAAAAAGAAGGAGGAAGAGGAGGAAGAUGACGAAGAUUUGAACGAUUCCAAUUACGACGAGUUUAGCGGGUACAGUGGUUCCCUCUUCUCGAAGGAUCCGUACGAUAAGGACGAUGCGGAAGCGGAUGCCAUCUACGAAAGCAUCGACAAGCGGAUGGACGAAAAGCGCAAAGAGUAUCGUGAGAAGCGACUGAAAGAAGACUUGGAGCGAUACCGUCAGGAACGGCCAAAAAUUCAGCAACAAUUUUCCGACCUGAAGCGUAAUCUUAUUGCUGUUUCGGAGGAGGAAUGGGCCAACCUUCCGGAGGUGGGCGAUAGUCGCAACAAGAAGCAACGCAAUCCACGGGCGGAAAAGUUUACACCCCUGCCGGACAGUGUACUGUCACGCAAUCUUGGCGGUGAUUCGACGACGGCAAUCGAUGGCCGUUCGGGACUUGCUUCAAUGAUACCUGGGGUGGCUACACCGGGCAUGCUAACGCCAAGCGGAGAUCUUGAUUUACGAAAAAUUGGCCAAGCGAGAAAUACGCUCAUGAACGUUAAGCUCUCGCAGGUGUCCGAUUCCGUUGCCGGCCAGACGGUGGUCGAUCCGAAAGGCUAUCUGACCGAUCUGCAGAGCAUGAUCCCGACGUACGGUGGUGACAUAAACGAUAUCAAGAAAGCGCGCAUGCUGCUAAAGAGUGUGCGCGAAACGAAUCCGUACCAUCCACCGGCCUGGAUCGCAUCGGCCCGACUGGAAGAGGUGACGGGAAAGCUCCAAAUGGCACGCAAUUUGAUUAUGCGCGGUUGCGAACAGAACCCCCAAAGCGAAGACCUUUGGUUGGAAGCCGCCCGGCUUCAGCCACCGGACACGGCAAAGGGUGUAAUUGCACAGGCCGCCCGGCGCAUUCCGACCUCGGUACGCAUCUGGAUUAAGGCGGCCGACUUGGAAACGGAACCGAAAGCGAAGCGUCGCGUGUUCCGGAAGGCGCUCGAACACAUCCCGAACUCGGUGCGACUGUGGAAGGCAGCGGUCGAGAUGGAAAAUCCAGAGGAUGCCAAGAUUUUGCUCUCCCGUGCGGUAGAAUGUUGCGGCACGAGCGUAGAGCUGUGGCUAGCGUUGGCCAGGUUGGAAACGUACGAAAACGCUCGAAAGGUGUUGAACAAGGCGCGCGAAAAGAUCCCAACCGAUCGUCAGAUUUGGACCACAGCCGCAAAGCUGGAGGAAGCGAACGGGAACAUUCACAUGGUGGAAAAGAUUAUCGAUCGAGCGUUGUCCUCGCUCAGUGCGAACGGUGUUGAGAUUAACCGUGACCAAUGGCUACAGGAAGCGAUUGAGGCGGAAAAAUCGGGCGCCAUCAAGUGUUGCCAGGCGAUCGUGCGAGCUGUUAUAGCGACCGGAAUCGACGAAGAGGAUCGCAAACAAACGUGGAUCGAUGAUGCGGAAAAUUGCGCCAAAGAAGGUGCGUACGAGUGUGCGCGAGCCGUUUACAGCUACGCGCUGACCGAGUUCCCAUCGAAGAAGAGUAUCUGGCUGCGGGCGGCUUACUUCGAGAAGAAUCACGGAACACGCGAAAGCCUCGAAGCGUUGCUCCAGAAAGCCGUCGCUCACUGUCCCCAGUCGGAAGUGUUGUGGUUAAUGGGUGCAAAGUCGAAAUGGUUGGCGGGUGAUGUACCGGCGGCGCGUGGCAUUCUGUCGCUCGCUUUCCAAGCGAACCCCAACUCGGAAGACAUUUGGUUGGCAGCCGUUAAGCUGGAGUCGGAAAAUGCGGAAUACGAGCGUGCCCGACGGUUGCUGGCGAAGGCACGUGCUUCAGCACCAACGCCACGUGUUAUGAUGAAAUCGGCCAAGCUCGAGUGGGCGCUGGACAAUCUGGACGAGGCGCUUAGUUUGCUCGAGGAUGCGGUUAAAGUUUUCCCCGAGUUUGCUAAGCUUUGGAUGAUGAAGGGACAGAUAGAGGAACAGAAACAGUUGCUGGAACGGGCGGCUGAAUCGUACAAUACGGGAUUGAAACGAUGUCCAAAUUCGAUCCCGUUGUGGCUAUUGUUGGCUGCGCUGGAAGAGAAGCGGAAUCUGCUCACGAAAGCGCGCUCCGUGUUGGAACGUGGUCGGUUGAAGAAUGCAAAGAACGCACUGCUGUGGCUGGCAGCGAUACGCAUCGAGAUACGGGCAGGGAUGAAGGAUAUGGCCAACACGCUGAUGGCUCGUGCAUUGCAGGACUGUCCGAAUGCGGGCGAACUGUGGGCGGAAUCAAUCUUUCUCGAGGCAAGACCACAGAGGAAAACCAAAUCGGUGGAUGCGCUGAAGAAAUGCGAACACGAUCCGCACGUCCUGUUAGCCGUAUCGAAGCUGUUUUGGAGUGAGCGGAAGCUACAGAAAUGUCGCGAUUGGUUCAACCGGACGAUAAAAAUUGAUCCCGAUUUCGGUGACGCGUGGGCAUUCUUUUACAAGUUUGAGCUACAGCACGGUACGGAGCAGCAGCAGCAAGAGCUAAUCGAGCGUUGCAAUGCGGCUGAACCGAAGCACGGCGAGGAGUGGUGCAAGGUGAGCAAAAACAUUGCCAACUGGUGCUUCAAGACGGAGGACGUACUGAAGGCGGUAGUACGUAAUCUACCCACACCGAUCUAGGUUCUCCUGU